CAAGCAGCCAAACCUAAGCUAGCUUUAUCCUCGCAUGCAUGGAGUUCCAUCUUCUCCUUCUACCCUUGAUCUCCGCCUUCCUCUUCUAUUUUCUGCUGCAAGGGCACAGAAAAAGAGAGGAGAGGCGACAGCUUCUUCCACCAGGUCCUCCCGGCAUUCCAUUCAUCGGCAACUUGCACCAGCUGAUGAAAUACAGCACAGCCCCUCACCUCUACCUUUACCAAUUAUCCAAGAAGUAUGGGCCCCUAAUGUCAUUGAGGCUCGGUCUUGUGCCACUCUUAGUCAUAUCUUCUGCAAAAAUGGCCAAAGAAGCCUUGAAAACCCAUGAUCUCACAUUCUCCGGAAGGCCUUCCAUGUUCGGCCAGCAGAAACUAACCUACAAUGGCUCGGGCGUGAUUUUUGCCCAGUAUGGCGGCUACUGGAGGGAAAUCAGAAAAUUUUGCGUUCUUCAUCUUUUAAGCACCAAGAGGGUACAAUCCUUUCGACCCGUUCAUGAAGAAGAGGUCUUAGCCUUCGUCAAUAAAAUCUCUACAUUUUCUUCUCCUAAACGAGAAGUGAAUUUGAGCGAGAUGGUGACGUCUCUUACGAACAACAUAAUUUGUAGAAUUGCUUUUGGUAAAAGGUAUGAUGGGAAGGGUGGAAGAAAUAGCUUCCACGAGCUCCUCAAUGAAGCUGAGGUCUUGGCCAGCAGCUUCUAUGUGUCGGACUAUUUCCCAUUUAUGGGUUGGGUGGACAAACUAACUGGCCUAUGUGUUAGGCUGGAUAAAAAUUUUAGGGAAUUGGAUGUGAUUUUCCAAGAAAUUAUUGAUGAGCAUCUCGAUCCUAAGAGGUCGAGAACUGAGCGAGAAGAUUUUGUUGACAUCUUACUCCGAAUGAGAAGCGAUCAAUUAUUUACAACUGAUCUCACUUUAGAGCAAAUUAAAGCAUUGAUCUUGGAUGUGUUUGUUGCUGGAACAGACACAAGUGCAGGCACUAUAGUUUGGGCAAUGACCGAGUUAAUGAAAAAUCCUAGGGUGAUGAAGACUGCACAAGAAGAAGUUAGAAGUUUGAUAAAGGAAGAUUUCGUAGAUGAAGAUGAUCUUCCCAAACUAACAUACCUUAAAGCUGUGGUGAAAGAGACUAUGAGAGUACACCCUAUAUCUCCCUUGCUUGUUCCUCGAGAAACAAUUGACAAGUGCACUAUUGAUGGGUAUGAGAUUCAACCCAAGACCAUUGUAUAUCUAAAUGUAUGGGCCAUUGGAAGGGAUCCCGAAUCAUGGGAAAAAUCAGAAGAGUUCUUGCCUGAAAGAUUCCUAGGAAGUUCUAUAGACUUUAAAGGACAAGAUUUUGAAUUAAUACCGUUUGGGGCUGGUCGAAGAGGUUGCCCUGGUGUGCAUCUCGGAGCCAAGACAAUUGAACUCACACUCGCCAAUCUUCUUUACUCCUUUGAUUGGGACUUGCCAAAUGGGAUGAAGGAAGAAGACGUCGACACUGAGGGGAUUCCUGGCAUUGCAGUGCACAAGAAAGUUCCUCUUUGCCUUUUGGCUAAAAAAUAUCUAGUACCUAUGUCAAGAUGAAUGUGCGUAUCUUACUCUCUUUUUUUUUUUUCUUUUGUAAAAGACAUUAGCCUCACUUGAGAUUUGGUGAAAAGACAAUAGUCUCUCCUAAGGUUUCAAAAAUUGGGACCUCCAAUGAGCUUUCAUGAAUUCUCAAGACCUCUCUUAAGGUUUGCCAAUAAGGCACAAAUCUCUCCUUGUAUCUUGCAAAAAGAUUAUUGUUUU